GAGAGAGAGAGAGAGAGAGGGAGGGGGGCUGUGUCUGCCUGUCUCUCUCCCUCCUCCUCCCUCGUCCAUCAGCAUUUAACGGCGCACCGCUUCCACCAAUCUGUGCAGCGAGAGGACCACCCCAACCCCUGAACCUGAAUCUACCCGCCCUGCCCGUUUAUAAAUACGGCUUGAAUCACACCGGCAAAUCUUGGUCGUCAGAAACGCUCAGGGUUGCAGCAGAACAUCCCCCUUCGUCUUAUCCCCCCUCAUCGUUUCUCUGUUUUUUAAGAAAACCCUCACGCAUCAUCCAUUUUUCACUCUUCAUUCUUCCUCUUCUUUCCUCCCCCCCUCAGUUCUUUUUAUUCCCCCUCGAACUUGUACUUGGGUUUUUUCCUCGCGGCCAGUUGCAUGCAUUUUUCGUCUCCCAAAAUGGUUUGCGAGACUAAAAUCGUUGCGGACGAACACGAUGCUAUACCUGGGACCAAAAAAGAGUCGAUCAUGUGGAGCUCUCCUCCGUCCAGCGCGGCUCUGAACCCGGCCGAAGCCAAGGAUGUGAGGAAAGAUGCGGUUUUUAUCCGCGAGUUCGAGCGCGGGGAUCAGGAGGAGGUGCGGCGCAUCUUUUACGAGGGUAUUAUGGAGAGGAUACCCAACACGGCGUUCAGGGGGCUCAGGCAGCAGCCCAAGACUCAGUUUUUAUACGCUCUUCUGACAGUAAUGUGCUUUUUCGUGACCAAAUCCGUCACGCUGACCUGCUGUGCGCCCAUCAUUCUCAUGGGCGCGCGCUACUACUACAGCAGGAAAGUUAUCCAGAGUUAUCUGGACUGUGCUCUGCACACGGACAUGGCUGACAUAGAGGCUUAUUACAUGACCCCCACAGGCUCCUGUUUCUGGGUGGCGGUGCUCGAUGGACGCGUUGUGGGGAUCGUGGCAGCGCAAGGCCGCGAGGAUGACAACACGGUCGAGCUGAGGCGCAUGUCAGUGGACUCUCGCUACCGUGGCAAGGGCAUCGCGAAGACACUGGGUCGUCGUGUUCUGGAGUUCGCCGUGCGCAACAACUACGCCGCUGUGGUCCUCGGCACGACGGCUGUCAAGCUGGCCGCCCACAAGCUGUACGAGUCGCUGGGCUUCCGCCGAACGGGCCAGAGCGAGGACUACCGGCUCCCCGGGAUGAGCCGCUCGCCGCUGGAGAGGCUCUUCUUCCAGAUCCGCUACAGCCGCUACCGCCUGCAGCUCCGUGAGGAGUGAGAGGUGACAGGGAGAGGGAGAGAGAGAGAUGGAGAGGGGGAGAUGGAGAAAGAGAGGGACAGAGAGAGAGAGAGAGAGAGAGAGCAACGACCCUCCUUCACCUGAGAGCCCCGACCGCAUCCUCUCCUCUGACAGCUUUUUAUUUAUUUUGUGUCAUUAGAGAUAACUUCAAGUAUUACUUAACUACUACUUACUACUUCAUCUUUAAAAGGUCACUAACGUUUUCAUUACUAUUAUGCUUUUGUUGCUGUUGUUUUUGUAUUAUACUUUUUGCAUUUUUUAAAUAAGAGUUUGUUUCUUUUCCUCUAUUUUAUUAAGCUAUUUUUUUUUUUGUACCUUUACCCCUCCCUUUCCAUUGUGGGAGUAAAAAAAAUAAAUAAAUUGGCUUUUAUCGAAGGCGACUAACUGGCACCCCCAACUAGGCACGUUCCCCUGCCCCCUCCUUUUUUUUUGUUUUUUGGUUUAAAGAUCAUAUGACUCUGAUCAAUACUCCCCUUCAUUACAAUGCCCUCUUUACCCCUCCCCCCCAUUACCUCAACCCUCCCCUUCCCUCCCACAUUUCCCCACAGCAAAAUUCAAUAGAGGGGUUUUCAGACAGGAGAGUGCAAUUUGCAUUCUUCUUUUCAUUGGGGGGUGGACAGAGCGGUGGAUGGGUUGGGAGGGGCAGAUAUGGCUUCCUUGAGAGCAAAACACACACAAAGUGGUGAGGAGAGGAGGCGGGGGUUUGUGGUACACACUCUCUUUUUGUUUACAAAAGCUCUGCAGUGUGUGUAGAUGUUGUGCGUGCAUUGUGGACACACACACACACACACACAAACCAAGUCAUUUGGCUUUUAGCCAGCCUUUCAAGACACCAUAUUGAAGCACAGCGAGAGUGUGUUACUGACCCCCAUAGUGAGAGAGAAGCAUGACAGGAUGGUUUACCGGAAUAUUCGCUGUGAAUCCUGCGUCCUGCGUGGAUUUUGAAUCAACACAGCGCAUCUUCCUCACACACACACAAACACACACAAACACACAUCCUCCUCUUCCUUAUCCUCGCUGAUUAUUUUUGAUUGGAUCUCUCUCCUUCCUUUCUAUCGUUUCAUCAGUUUUAAUCGCUGCUUUUCUCACCGAAGCUGUGGAGAGGGUCUCUAAAAUUGGUUGAGGUGACAGGAGGGUGGAACUUUCUCCCUGCAGUGUCAGACUGACAAGAUACCCAAGAUACAAUAUAGCUGCAUGUCAGAGCUAUGAGUAUGUGAGUGUGUGUGUGUGUGCGCAUGUCUGUGUGUUUGAGCGUGUGUGUGUGAUGAGGCGACGGUCAGACAUUAGACCGCGCCUCGACUGCGUAUGAGGAACAAUUAUUUUUAUUUUGCGCGAACAGACGCGCACCUUUCUUGCUACGAGUCAAGUGUUAUCUAACUAAACAUUACUACUUUCUAUGUGUACGUAUAAAUUGUUUACGGAUUGAAGACGGAUAAAUUCUAACAUUUUGAAUAUGUUUAGUAUUUGACUGAUAAUUAGUAAUUUUAUAUAUCUUUAAAAAAACAACAACAUAUUACCACAUUGUAAUAUGCAAAUUUUGCUGUCAAAACUACGACAAUUACAAAGUAGCUGCAGUCUACACUCCGGAUACGUAAUCCAGGUUAUUGGGGUACAACUUGGGUAAGACAUGACUACUAGCAAUACUUGCAAACCUACAGUACAUAACUGAGCACAAAUAGCAAAUAAUGAUUUAAACCAAUAUAUUGGCAUUAGUCCCCCCCAUGUAUUUAUAUUGUGUAUACAGUUGAAAAAACUCAUGUAGCGAACAAAAACGUCAACGUUUUUUUCCCCCCAUAACACCUCUCUCCAUCUCCAUCCUCUGACCAUACAACCAGCAGUAGAUUCAGCCAUCCACGACUCUGAGCCUAAGUUGUCAUCGUACCAUUUGUAAAAAGUUAAAA